AUGGAGGACAUCGAGUACAAGCUUGACAAUGUCAAGACAACUCCCGUUGCUGCUGGUGAUAUCAACAAAACCUUCCGCUCCAGUACCAUAGAUCUGAUCUCGGCAGCGUUGGGUGGGAAAGUGCUGGCUUUCUCAGACCAAUGGUUUGCUGAUGCUUCAAAUUUGCUGACCCCAACUGCCCCCAUCAGGCAGGCUGGAAAGAUGGUCUUUACGGGGGCUUGGUAUGAUGGAUGGGAAACGAGACGGCACAACCCGGCCCCUUUCGACUGGGUCGUCAUCCGGUUAGGCGUUGCCUCGGGCACCGUUGAGGGUGUCGAGGUAGAUACCGCCUUCUUCAGUGGAAAUCACGCCCCUGCGAUAUCAGUCGAAGGCUGCUUCAAUCAGAACGAUGAUGAGGUUGUGUCCUGGAAGGGCGACCGCGGUGGAUGGGAAACGAUACUCGGCAUUCAAGAGUGCGGUCCCUUGCAGAGGUUCGGGUGGAAACUCAACGAACCCAAGCAGAAGCAGUACACACAUGUGCGGUUGAACAUGUACCCGGACGGAGGCAUUGCCCGGUUCAGACUGUUUGGGCACGCCGUGCCGGUCUUCCCGCAAGACAAGGAUGCCAUCUUCGACUUGGCUGCGGCCCAGAAUGGGGGCGUAGCCGUUGCUUGCAGCGACCAGCAUUUUGGCACCAAGGACAACCUGAUCUUGCCUGGACGAGGUAAGGAUAUGGGGGACGGGUGGGAGACGGCGCGAUCUCGAACCAAAGGCCAUAUUGACUGGACCAUCAUGCGGCUGGGAGCACCGGGAUACAUCCAGAGUUUUGUUGUUGAUACGGCUCACUUCCGGGGCAACUUUCCCCAGAAGGUGCGCCUCGAGGCUAUCGACUGGGCAGAAAAGGGGUCAGACCCGGGCUCUGAUGCAACCGGGUGGCUCGAGGUUGCGGAGCCCAUCAAGUGUGGGUCUGAUAAGGAACAUGAGGUGGCUUGCUUGACCAAAGACAAGCCAUUCACUCACGUCAAGCUGAUAAUGGUUCCGGAUGGAGGAGUGAAGAGGCUUAGAGUUUUUGGGAAACGAGUAGGGCAACAUCCAAUGCUACUGAUACCCUUGAUUCCCAACAACCCUACCGAAUCCACGAACCUUGAACCAGCGAAUUUACCAAACAGGGUGACCACUGGACCGAAGAACCCCCACCGGACCCUGGACUGUUUCCCUACCCUUGUAUUCCCUCCAAACCCUGGAGGCCUCGACACCAGCGGAGAUGUACCGAUGGAGAAGAAACGAGCCCUGCCAGACGAUCUCCCAACCUCCUUGGAUGACAGGAAGCAUGUCUCGGCCGAACUGGUGCCCGAGAUGGAACUUUACGACGGAUGGCAAGGUCAAUCGCAGUUCUUGACAUCUCCGAUGCUAGCCAAGCCCCUGACCUUUGGCGACCUUAGCCUGAACGACACAGCCUACGACGAGGACGCCCCCAGGGGAGCACAAGAUAGCGAGGCGCGGCUGAUGGAGAUGCUUGCUGCCCAAGCGGCACAUUCAGUCGGAGUUGGCUUCGAAGAUGAAGAUGCUAUAGCUUCGGACGAGAAACUGUCGGAGACGGAGAAGAAGGAUCUCUUGCAGAAGGCGUUGACUAUGGCCGCUAGCAACGGCAACGUUGAGUCAGUCAGAAAGAUUCUCGGCGGGAAGGGCAAGGAAUACGUGGACGUCGAUACCCCAGAUGAGGAUGGCACGCCGCCGCUAAUAUAUGCGAGCUGUUUUGGACACGAAAGUGUGGUUCAAGCUUUAAUAGAUGCGGGAGCGAGCGUUGACAAGCAGGAUCGUAACCAAUGGAGCGCCUUGAUGUGGGCUAUGACAAACCGGCACAAGGGCAUUGCCAAGUUGUUGCUAGACAAUGGUGCGUCACCCGAGGCGAAGACAUCGUCAGGUCGGACAGCCUUCGACUUUGUUGCGCCAGACAGCGAUAUGUCGUUCUAUCUCCAUGACAGUGGCUACGGAAUUGGUAGUGCUGGCACUGGGGAUGACUUUUACAGUCCCGGGUUAUCGCAGGAUAAAUUCGAAGAGGAGUUGGCGGAAAACGAAUUGCGCCGGCGCAUGAUGAUGGAGAGUGCCCGCGACUUGGAGGUUGACCUUGGGAACGUCGGGAUGGAUGACCAACCUGAGCCUGUCGAUGAGUUCGAAGAGGAACAGCAAGAGUUUGACUGGUCCAGGUGCCUACAUGACCAGAUGUUCGUCUUCCAAGAAAGCGAGCUGGAGCGCAUCUUGCAUAUUACCAUAACCAACAUGACGCCCCAACGAUCACCGUCGCAGAAGCCAGUCCCAGCGAACAUGAUAUUCCUGAGUGCGAGAUAUGCGCAUUACCAUUCCAGCCCCGAGCUCCUUGCCAAACUGCUCAUUUCUGCCAUGGACAAGAUCAACGAUGUGGUCGAACGAUACCAGUGGGACAUGACCAUCCUCGCAUUCUGGAUAUCCAACGCGACCUUGUUAUUGCAUUACCUCAAAAAAGACGCCGGCUUGCUUGAAGCUACCUCGGAGUUUCAGGCCCAGCUCGCGGAACUAAUCAACGAGAUUUUUAUCCUCAUUGUCCGGGACGCAGAGAGGCGACUAGACAAGGUGCUUGAUGCCGCAAUGUUGGACCACGAGACCAUUCCCGGAUUCGAGGACAUUACCUUCCAAAACGAAUGGAAGAUUUUCAAACGGAAGACUCAAGUCAAGGAGGAGCCAUUGGAGAAACGCUAUCGCCCACCGUCGCCGAAACAGCGAGCAAAGCCUGCUCCUCGAAACGUGACAUCCCUGCUCUCGUCAACGCUGUUCGUGUUAGAUCUGUACGACGUUCACUCGGUAAUCACGGCACAGAUCAUCUCACAGCUCCUCUACUGGGUCGGCGCCGAGCUCUUCAAUCGCAUCAUGUCGAACCGGAAAUAUUUAGCGAGAACAAAGGCGAUGCAGAUCCGGAUGAACAUAUCCAUCCUGGAGGAUUGGGCGCGCCAAAACAACAGGCAGCCGGAGCACUAUGAACAUGGCGAGACGAAGUCCUCGGGAGAGACCACUGUGGAGGCAGCGAGGCGGCACCUGGCCCCCGUGAUCCAGCUCUUGCAGUGGCUCCAGUGUUUCUCUUCACUUGGUGCGGAUGACCUGGAAGCCCUGGUCGGGACCUUGCAGCAGCUCAAGGCCUUGAGCGCGCAGCAGCUGAUACACGCGGCAUCGCACUACCGUUCCGAGGUUGGAGAGAAGGGCCUUCCGAAGAGUGCUAUGAAAUAUCUCGCUGCCAUCCAGAAGGAGGCCGCUCUCCGCCGGGAACGGCAUCGCAGCAGCACUGCGUCCCUGAAGGUCGGCUCGGGAGGCGACAGCGCCCCGGUAACACCAGCCAAGAGUAGAGCAAACAGGGAAAACGGGCUCGAGACGCCCGGCAGCCAGCAGGGCACGCCGCGGACAAACGACGAGUCGCAGGACGACGAGGAAGACGACGCGCCCAAGCAUCUUCUUUUUGAUCCGUCUCUCAUGCUGCCGUUCACGCUGCCCAGUGUUACCGACAUGCUCAUCAGCUACGGCGCCGGUUUCGGUGGCAUGAACCGGGAGCGUGAGCGGAAGUACAUCCCCACGGUUCCGCCCGAAUUCUUGGAUAGGCUGGAGACGACGGGUGCCAAGAAGGGCCCCAUGUUUGGCGAGAAGGAUUGGGAAAAUGAGGAGGUUUGA